AUGGCUAUUCAUGUUGCUGGUCUGGUUUCCAUCGUGGUGUUUUAUCUCCUCAUCCUGCUGGUGGGUCUUUGGGCAGCUAGAAAGACCAAGCGUUCAGGGCAAGAAGAGGACAGUGAGAAUGUGAUGCUUGCAGGAAGGAACAUUGGCUUAGUGGUCGGAGUCUUUACUAUGACAGCUACAUGGGUAGGAGGUGGUUUUAUAAAUGGGACAGCAGAAGUCAUCUACACAGACGGAUUUGUCUGGUGCCAAGCCCCUUUUGGUUAUGCACUUAGUCUUGUAUUUGGAGGAUAUUUUUUUGCAGAAAGAAUGCGAUCACAAGGUUAUGUGACUAUGCUGGACCCAUUUCAACAAAAAUAUGGUGAGAGAAUGGGAGGAUUAUUGUACAUUCCAGCUCUCUUGGGCGAGGUCUUCUGGUCAGCAGCCAUCUUAGGUGCUCUUGGUGCUACUCUGUCGGUGAUAAUAGACCUGGACAUCAAGACAUCCAUCAUUGUAUCUGCCUGUGUAGCUACUUUCUACACCUUAUUUGGGGGCCUGUACUCAGUAGCCUACACUGAUGUAGUACAACUGUUUUGUAUCUUUGUUGGACUGUGGCUGAGCAUACCAUUUGCUAUGACCCAUGAAGCAGUUGGUGAUAUCAGUUUAAAUGCAACCACCAACUGGAUACAAGAACUUGAUCCAAAGUAUUCCGGUUAUUAUAUAGACAGCUUUCUCCUCCUCAUCUUUGGGGGAAUACCUUGGCAGGUUUAUUUUCAGCGUGUGUUGUCAGCAAAAUCUGCAUCCAAUGCCCAGCUAUUAUCAUAUGUUGCAGCAGUUGGUUGUAUAGUCAUGUCUAUCCCAUCAGUCCUUAUAGGUGCUGUAGCAACAGUCACAGAUUGGAAUGCCACUGACUAUGCCAAGGUUGAUAAUCGGCCUGUACCCAUUCCUUCUGAGGAUAUCAAACUGAUCCUACCCAUGGUCCUCCAGUACCUUAGUCCGACAUGGGUGUCAUUCUUUGGUCUGGGAGCUGUGUCAGCAGCUGUCAUGUCCUCUGCUGACUCCUCAAUCCUAUCUGCUAGUGCAAUGUUUGCUAGAAAUAUAUACAAGCUGAUAUUUAGACAGAAGGCAUCUGAAGCGGAGAUACUGUGGGUGAUGCGUGUUGCCAUAUUUGGAGUAGGUGCUCUUGCCACAGCCAUGGCUAUAACUGUACAGUCUAUCUAUGACUUGUGGUACCUGUGUUCAGACCUAGUGUAUGUGGUGCUCUUUCCCCAGCUCUGUUGUGUUAUAUACCUACGGGGCACAAACACUUAUGGUUCUUUGGCUGGCUUCAUUACCGCAUUCUUCUUCAGACUUUCAGGCGGAGAAAAGUCUAUGUAUAUACCAACACUGAUAAAGUUUCCAUUUUAUGAUGAGGUGGAUGAAAUACAGUUAUUCCCCUUUAAGACCUUGAGUAUGCUCCUGUCAUUUUUAGUAUUGAUAGUAGUAUCAUACUCCCUUAAGUACCUGUUUGAAGCAGGAAUAUUACAUAGGAAGUAUGAUGUGUUUAUGUGCAUCAUAAACACACCUGAAGAGACGAUAGCAUUAAAGGACCAAGGGCCAUGUGAGUUGACGGCCAUCACCCCUACUAAGGAGCCUAAUGGAAAAAUCAACCCAGCACUGAAAAUAUCUCAAGAGGAUCUGAUUGGAGCGGAAACAGCAUAUCUCAGGGAGAGAAAAUCCCAGAAUUCUCCAGAACACGAAAACAAUUAUCUGGCUCCUCAAUGGAAAUGA